GUGUCCUCCAGAACUGUUUGACCUACUGAGUAGACCACUACGCGCCCGAUACUGUGAGACUUGUGAGAGAAACCAUGCCCAGCUCCUUCAUGGUGAAGCGCAACUAUGCGCACUGCCCACUCAAGAAGCGGCCCCUGGCGCUGUACAACGAGCCUGCCUCCACGCCCCCGGAGCAGGACCAGCCGGAGGACCUGAGCGUGAAGCGGCCGCGCCUGGAGCCUCCUCCACCUGCAGCAGAACCAGACAACACUACACCUACGCUGCUCCAGUCGACAGGUGACGAAGCUGCUGCCCCUUGGUGCUCCCUCCCCUCCCUGCCCACCGCUGCAGUGCCCACAGUGCCUCACUCAGUGCCUCGUAGUACGCCGCCCUCACCGCCUGCCGCCCGCGUGGCGGAGAGUCUGCCCACCCUGGCAGAGUACUACCUGCAGCUCUUCCGCGCCACCUCAGACAGUGGGGAGCCGAGGCGGCCACAGCCCAGGCCUUCCCUGCCACAGUGGAACUCUCCGUACCUGCCGCCGUCCCCACAGGCGUCCCCCGUCACCCCAGACCAAGUGCCAGCCAGUCCAGUGCCACAGUUCCACUUCUACCCAGACUCCUCUGCCCUCAUCUCCCCCGUGUCCACCUGCUCCUCCGCCACGUCAGAGUCCGAAGACGACGCAGGUCCCACGAGACAGAGGCGCGAGGCGCGGUACUCGUGCACUGACUGCGGUAAAUCGUACUCCACCUACUCCGGCCUCAGCAAGCACAAACAGUUCCACUGCGCCGCCCUCGGGGCCAAGUCGUUCGCGUGCAAGCACUGCGAGAAGGUGUACACGAGCCUGGGCGCCCUCAAGAUGCACAUCCGCACGCACACCCUGCCCUGCAAGUGUCAGCUGUGCGGCAAGGCUUUCUCGCGCCCCUGGCUGCUGCAGGGACACAUCAGGACCCACACGGGGGAGAAGCCCUUCCAGUGCCCGCAGUGUGACCGAUGUUUCGCGGACCGCAGCAACCUGAGGGCCCACCUCCAGACCCACGCUGACGUCAAGAAGUACGCAUGUAGCACCUGCCACAAGACCUUCUCCAGGAUGUCGCUGCUCAACAAACACACCGAGGCUGCCUGCCCCGCCCGGCCCUCUCAGCAGGAGCAGUCUCCAGAUAGCCCCGCUGAGGCCGACCAGUAGCAGUGGUUGCCGCCUCCCCCAGAUUCUCGUGGAGUCGGCCCCGGGGCAUCCCAGGGCUGGCCUAGUCUCCAGCUAGUCAGCGACCCGCCAGCCACUGUUGUGUUCCUACCUUGGUCACUAGUCUAGCUCCUAAGCCAUACCUGUCCCCUUGUGGGAUCCCAAAGCCAAAGAUAUUAUGUAUUAUUACUUUUAUAUGCAACAAUAAAACCAUAUUUGAAUGUA